AGAAGGAGAAACAAACAGCGGGAGCGGAGAAAUGAGAAGAUGUAGACCACGAGAAAAAGCGGUGUUUUUUUUCCCCCCUUUCGUCAGAAUAAGCUGUGUUGUUUUUGUCGUAAUUUGCUGUUAUUGUGACUGGAGUUGAUUUAAGACGUACCCAGUCAUGGCUGAGGAACCCGCAGCGGAAAUCCAGUUACUCAGAAAGCACAAGGCCAAGCUGAUAGAAAUCCUGAGUAGCGAUGCCGACUUUGUGCUACAACAUGCAGACUCUCGCUGUCUGCUGUCCCUUCAUGGCUAUCAGCUGGUGAAAGCUUGUCAUAUUCCCAGUGUGAAGAUGACAGAACUUCUGGACCACGUCAUCCAGAGAGGGCCUGAAGCAGCACAGGGACUAUUAGAACUACUGAAGGACCAGGCCUUACAGGAAACCUUUCCACUGCUUCAUUUUGUUAAGGAUCUGCAAGUCACAUUGCUGUCCUCAGUAACAACAAGAAAGAAAAAGCCAACAACAGAAUUACAAGAAACCAUUCCGGCCAAAAAGAUCUGCAACAACAGUUCCCACAUAGUGACAGAGAAGCAGUUGAUGACUGCGGCUCGAGCCAUUGGCAGAUCUUGGCGGGAGAUCGGCAGACUGGCUCUGGAUGUUCCCUCUGUAAAGCUGGAGCAGAUUGAGGAGGAUCAUCCUCUUCAUGUGGAGAGAGUAUUCGCCAUGCUGCGCUACUGGCGAAUUAGCCAGAAGGAAAAAGCCACCACAGCUCACCUGCACGCUUGUCUCAGUCAGGACAGCUGGGCACUGCCACCUGAAGGAAUUGAUUUCCUGUUGGAGACGGACUGAUUUUGCUGUCUGGUACCUGCUGAGAUUGGCACUCACAGGAGAGACUGUAUAUUCCUCAACACAUAGACCGUUGAUUCAUAUCGAUUAUUGCAUGGGAUCAAUCAAUGUUAAUGUUUGAUUUAAUCAUAAUCAUAACAAUUUCCUGAUAUCGCUGCAUUUUCUGUGAAUUGUGUCUGCAGUAGUAGUUUUAGAUUCAGGUAAAAGCAGUGGUCUUGUCACUGUAAUGUAAAUAUACAUUUAUUUUAUUUUUUAUUGUUGCGCUCAACUUUUUAUGAACUGAAGGUUCAACAGAUAUCCUUAAAAAUAAGUUUUUAAACUAGACACAAGGACACCAUUUGAAGGAGUUGCACUUCUUCUGCUUUCAAUUUCAUUUAAAUCACAUUUCUUCCCCAUUCUGAUGCUUAGAAUGGUGCUCAGCUGGUCGUCUUGACCAUACAUUUUUGAGGUGAUUGGCUAAUAAGACAACCGACAGUUAAAGUGUUUGGUGUGUGUAUAUGAUAAAAUGUUCAUUCUUCCAUAA